AUGUCUCAGCAGACUGAAUCUUGGCGCAGAAAUGCAAGCUCGACCAAACGAUACCUUUACAACGAGCUCACUGUUGCCUACAUGAGUCUCGUGGUGAUUGUCUGCUUCUUUGUCUCAGGAUUGAUUGACUCUGUUGCUUUCAACUCUUGGAAUUGUUUCGUCCAGAUGCAGACUGGCAAUACCGUCUUCGCGGCUCUUGGAUUGGGAGGACAACCUGCCGCAAGCCACUCCCAACAGUACUACAAAUCUCUCACCUCCAUUGCCUCGUUCUGUUUGGGGGCGCUCUUUUUCAACGCCCUUCAUCGUUGGCCGACAGGCUUUCAUCGACAACCAUGCUCCCGCCGACGCCUGAUCUUCAUCCUCUCCUUCUCCAUACAAACCACCUUCAUCGUCAUCCCUGCUGCGAUAGUAUCGGCAAACCUGGUCUCGAACAAGCCUUUUAUUGCCGGCGAAUUCUCAUCUGGCAACACAAGUAUUGAACCUCGCAUGACCAAUUUUCUCGAUCUUUGUCCCAUUGCCAUUCUAUCCUUUCAAGCUGCAGGUCAAGUUACACUUUCUCGGCUUCUCUCCCUCAUGGACCUGCCGACCAUUGUCCUCAGCACACUGUACCACGACUUCGUCGCCGAUCUUUACUCGUUAAGAAAUUCAUGGCAAAAGAAACCCAACAUAUUGGAAUUUUUCUGGGGCCCCCAAAAGAGACAAGUGACGCGGCUUGGAGCCAUCAUUUCCCUCUUUUUAGGGGGAAUAGUUGGUGGUGAGAUGUACAAAUCCUCCGCCGGCAUGGCUGGAGCCCUCUGGCUCGCCGCCGGCCUCAAGCUUCUCGUCACUCUGAGCUUUCUCUUCUGGAAACAAGAGAUUCCAACUACUCACGACGUUGACCAAUCCGCAUGACCCGAAUAACUGGAAUGCUUCGGUGUACGAUCUUUUGACCUCUAGACUAUAACGAUAACGACUGAACGAAAUUGCUGCUUGAGAAAAAAGGCACACUGGGUUUGGGGGGUUUUUACUGAGCAA